GUCCUUCAUUAAAUAUGGAUGAAUCCAAGGAAAAUAUGGAAAAGAUGGAGUCAACGUUUGUUAUAAUAGGAGGCGGUAUAGCUGGAGUAUCUUGCGCGGAGGGAUUGAGCUUCCUCGCUCCGGAGGAAAGCAUAUGUUUGAUUACCGCUAGUCCCCUGAUAAAAGCUGUGACAAAUGUAGUUCCACUAGGCAGAACAUUAAUGCGUUUUGAUGUAGAAGAAAAAAGCGCGACAGUCUUGAGCGAGAAGCACAAAAUGUUACGAGUUAUUCAUGAUACCGUAGUUAAAAUUGACACGGCUAAGAAGCUGGUAGAAGUCGGCGGUGGAAAAGUCAUAAGCUUCAAAAUGUUGUGCCUUUGUACCGGCGCGAAACCCAAACUGAUCGCCGAAAACAAUGAUUUCGUUAUAGGCAUUCGUGACACGGAAUCCGUAUUACAAUUUUCUCAGAAACUUAGAGACGCCAGGAGGGUCAUAAUCGUUGGCAAUGGCGGAAUCGCUACCGAGAUAGUGCACGAAGUUAAAGGCGUCGAAAUGAUCUGGGUAAUCAAAGACAAGCACAUUUCCGCAACUUUUGUCGAUCCUGGAGCCGCAGAAUUCUUUUUAGAUAAGAUUUCUUCUAAAUCCGACAUAUCGGAAAACCUUAAUAAAGAUUCGCCGACCAAAAGAAUGAGGUAUGUUGUGUCGGAUAGCGUGCCAGUUAAAAACGGGGCCGCUCUUGGCCCGGAUUGGCACAAUAAUUUGGAUAUGGGCGGUACACGUUUUACGCCUACAAACGUUCAGGUUGAAUAUGAGUGCGAGAUAUCAAAGUUACUCACUUCCGACGAGCGAGAACAGUUUGAUUCUACAGAAGAGUGGCCAGUUUACGCGCAACUAACGAACGGUAAGAUUAUUGGGUGCGAUCUUAUUAUCUCAGCAACAGGUGUCGUUCCAAAUUCCGACAUUAGUGGAUUGGAAGAUCUCGAAAGAGGGGAGGAUGCUGGAUUGUUGGUUGAUUGGAAGUUGGAAACUUCGAAGAAGGACAUCUACGCCGCUGGAGACGUGUGUACUGUCGGCUGGCCGAAAGCGAAACAUUGGUUUCAAAUGAGACUAUGGACGCAGGCUCAUCAGAUGGGUCGUUACGCCGCCAAGUCGAUGGGCUCGAAUUUAAGAUGCGAAGAAUUCUUGCAAGACUUUUGCUUCGAACUUUUCACUCACGUGACCAAAUUUUUUUCCUACAAAGUUGUUUUACUCGGAUUGUAUAACGGGCAGACGUUGGGGAAGAAUUACGAAAUACUUUUGCGAAUUACCAAGGAUCAGGAGUAUAUUAAAAUCAUUCUACAGGACGGCAAAAUGCAGGGUGCAGUGCUCAUUGGGGAAACAGACCUGGAAGAGAUGUGUGAAAAUUUGAUACUUAAUCAGUUGGAUUUAAGUAUGUAUGGCGAAGAUUUGUUGAAUCCUAAUAUCGAUAUUGAAGAUUACUUUGAUUGAUACAUCAUUAACUUUUUAAUAAAUACACCUAUUAAUGUUAU